AUAGUUAAAAGAAAUGUAGUGGAGUAUUUGUACUUUGGUAAACGUACGGUGUAAAAUACCAAUAUCGGGACUGGUAUCGACCAUAGUAUCGACCAAAUGUGGACGUUACACCACCUCAGUCUCAGAAGUACACAGAGUUUUCUCCCAACAGCUCAGAGCGAAUUUCUUUUAUUUUGGUGACCCAGCCACCCGUCUUGUGUUUCCGGUUUCCGCGUGCCGCGUUUGAGCAGACUUGACGCAGCUGUGUUUGAGUGCAGCCAGUGCUGAACUGUUAUGAUGUGUCAAUAAGUUAAAAAAAAGAAAGAAAGGUGGACGACAUCAAUGAUGAGAGGCCCGCUCCGGUACCUGAGCAGGAUAUCAGAGGUCAUCGUCAUUGCAUGACAAAGGCAGUGGCAGACUCAUCUUCAUCACUCAUACAGCAUUUCCAUAGUUUCAUCUUCAGUGCGGUAGUACCAUGAAGGGUGGCGGAAGGGGUAAGGAGCCACCUGUUAUAGGAGAGGUCGCUGGCAAGCGCCCCAAACGUAAAUGCCUUCAGUGGCACCCACUUCUCUCCAAGAAGGCUCUGGAUUUCUCAGAGGAGGAGGAAGAAGAUGAUGAGGAGGAGCUGGAGAAGCAGCCAUUGUUGUGUGGCCAGGACCAGGGCCCGCAGAUGGAGUGCGGCAGCACGACAGAGGACAUGGAGGAGGACUCGAAUGAACAACGAGCACGGCGGCCAAUGAAUGCGUUCCUCCUCUUCUGCAAACGCCACCGGUCUCUGGUGCGGCAGGAACACCCUCGCCUGGACAACCGCGGGGCCACAAAGAUCCUGGCUGAUUGGUGGGCUGUGCUGGAGCCCAAAGAGAAGCAGAAAUACACUGACAUGGCCAAGGAGUACAAGGACGCCUUCAUGAAGGCAAACCCAGGCUACAAAUGGUGUCCCACCACCAGCAAACCAGUGAAGACUCCUUCCUGUCAGCCGGUCAGCAGUCCCCGCAAAAAGGUCUGGUCCUUCUCUUCCAACACGUCCAAGGACUCCACCACUGCCAAAAAAGUGCCCAAAACUGACAGCACGCCACAGUUAAACUUUGCCAUGGCAGAUCCUACAAAAAUGGGAGGCCUUAGCAUGCUGCUAUUAGCUGGGGAACAUGCCCUCACAAACAAGGAGAUCCCUUCCAGCACUAAACCUAGUUUACCUGACACAGCCAGUGAAGAGAAGUGUUUCCCUGGGGAUAAGGAAGAGAUGCUGUCUGGAGCAGUCCCGAACAGUGAGCUCGACGUUACUGAAAGCAAGGUCAAGUCUGCCCUUUCUCCUCUGGCAGAGUCGUCUCAGUCUACAGCAGCUGAAGGAAAACCAUGCAGUCAGUCAGCUCUCUUCCAGCUCGCUGAGAUGUGCUUAGCUUCUGAAGCUGGAAAGAUGGACACAGCUGUGUCUCAACCGGAGGACAGCUCAUCUGAAGCCUCUGUCCUGCAAAAUGCACCGAAGCCAGAGAUCAAGGAGGAGAAACCAGACCCUAGCAACUGUCCUCCCUCUUCUCACACUGCAGUCCCCUCACCCUCAAUCUCCUCUGUCACUUCUACCUCCACUGAUGCCAUUCCCCAACAACUCAGCAGCCAAAACGCAUGUGUCAAAAAGAAGGGCAAGAAAAAAGAGGCGACCAAAUCACUCGAUAACAGCGAGAGUCCUUGCGCAGCAAAGAAGAUCUUCAAAAAGCCUAGUAACGCAGAAUCAGACGUGGAUAGUGUUUUUAAUACGAUUGAAGCUGUGGCCAAAGGGGCAUGGAAGGACACGGAGGAGAAGCCCAAGAAGAAGAUCCUAGGCAGUCCCAGUGGUGGAAGCGCUGGUCUUCCCAAGAAGAAGAGCAGGCCCAAAGUCAAGGCCUCUGUGAAAGAAAAGGAGGAGAAGAUGGAUUCAGACAGUGGGCCGUGUGGACAGAACAGCUCUCCUGAGGUGGAGAUGAAGGAGGAGAUGACACACGAUAGCCCCAAGACAGAAGCAGAGCAAGCAAGUAUGGAAAGCACAGAGCUUCAGGGCAGCGUGGCAGAACCCCAUCACUCCUCCGGCGACUCUUCACCUGCUAAGCUCCAAGAGGAAGACAAGGGAAAGGAGAGGCAGGGUGAACUGACCUUUGAGUCCAGCUUGGAGAGCCGUGGCUCCAGGAAAUCAGAACGGAGCUGUAAAGGAGCCUUGUAUAAAACUCUAGUUUCUGAGGGGAUGCUUACAUCACUGAGAGCCAACAUUGACCGAGGUAAAAGAGGAGCUUUCCGUGCGUCCGACGAUGCAAACUGGUGUGAUGACAGCUGGGCUGUUGCACAGUUGGGACCUAAUAACCCCAAGAAGCUGAAGAAGUCCAAGUCCAAAGAUGAAUCUACACCGGGCCUCGGGAAACUGGAGGAGGAGUUUGAAAAGAAAUUUAACAGCCUACCACAGUAUAGCCCGAUGACAUUUGAUAAGAAGGGCACGACUGUGGCAAAGAAGAAGAAGACUGACAAUGCCGCUGUUCAAGAGGAAUCCUCUAAAGUCGGAAAAGGGCCAUCUCCAUCUCAGAAAAAGACUUCAUUCCACAAGAUUGUUAGGAAGCACAAACACAAAAAGGAGAAGCCAGGUGCAGUGGACAAAGCGCUGCAGAGCGACUCCACCGUGCUGGAUUCAGCUUCAAAAGCCAAAUCAUGUGCCCCUGUUGCCACAAUGUGCCCAGACGCUCAGGGCACCACUAGUAUGGAGAUGCUAGUUGGUAGCCAGAAGAGGAAGGCGAGGAAGACCAAGAUCACACACUUGGUGCGCACAGCCGACGGCAGUGUGUCUCCAGCUGAGGAGGAUAAAAUGAGGGACCUGAACCAGGAACAGGAUAAGAAGCCAUUACACCAACCGAAUUUAUGCAAUGAAAAAGGGUGCUACAGUAAUCCUGACCCAGAGGAGGCGGAGAGGAACACCCUAUCACAGGAGCUACCUGCUUUCUUUAGCUUGGCAGCCCUUGCCGAGGUAGCAGCCAUGGAAAAUGUUCACAGAGGACAGAGAGGCUUGGCUGAGAGUCAGAAGAAAGAGCUUACGCAGACUCCAGUCCUCAUCUCCUGCGCUGACCAGUGAAGCUCCACUGCUCCUAUGAGAGGCCACAACCUGGACAUUGGCAGUGGAGCUUUACUUUCCUCUGUGGUAAGCCCACACUGAAGGGAGACUUGAACAGGGAGCUUUGGACAGACUCCUUCCUCCUUGUGGUGAAUUUGCUUGAGCUUGGGUUCACGUGGGGGGAAAGAGAGACCUCCUUCUUCUUCUCCUCCUCCUCCUCUUCCCUGCUCCUCGCUAUCUCAGUGUUUUCCCUGAAGCCUAUCUUUGGUUUGAGGCAGGAUGGCUUUUCUGAAGUCCUCAAUCCCUGUAGAUGCUCCGUUAAGGCCUGUGGAAGAACCAAGCUGUCCCGUAGUGCAUGGGUUCCCCUAUAGCGAUGGUUGUCAUGGGUUUUCUUGUACACUGUUCUGUCAAAUAGAGGCCAUUUUAAAAGGGUCAAGUCUUGCAAUUUAAAUAACAGCAUUUUAGUUAAGAAAUUACCUGACAAUGCAUUUCGUUUUCUAGACGAACACAGCUUGCUGUCACCUUUUUACCUCACACACAAGCCUACUGAAGAGUUCCCUACACCUCCGGUAGAAUACCUCUGUAUUUGAAUAGCUCUUAUCCCUUCCAUUUCCCCUCCAGCUUCAGCCCAAAAUGACUUUUAACCAGGGUAAAUAAUAAUGAUGGAUAGGCGUCCAUUACCAACUACUUGCUUAGUGUUUCCCGUUGGUGCACUCGUGCAGUGUAUCCAAACUACAAAUCAAUUAUGGCUGAGUAUUUGAUAUGUAUGUUAAGAUGAUCCUACUGUCAAACAGUAUGUGGUAGCUAGACAUAAUUGUGUUUGACUGAAUGCUUAAGAAUACACGUGUGCAUACCUUUGCAUCUGAACUAGAGUUCACUAUGUUCCCUGUCCAGCUCCAGAAACACUAGCUUGGCUCAGAAACUGCUUCUUGUGAUGGGGAGAUUGUGUGAAAGUGAUUCAGAUUUAGCCUUAACCCUCCCUCUCUCUGCCACCACUAAGCCCUCAACCAGCUUCUUCCUCAAUAUUAUCACAGUCCAGAGUCGAUGUCAUUUUUUUUUUUCAAAUAGUGAAAAUGCAGUUUUUUUGUCAAUACUUGAUCUUAUUGCUGUUUGCGUAGCAGUUAGAAUGGUCAAUUGCCUCUGUGUGCGACUUAUUUCAGAUUUUUGGUUUUUGUUUGUUUAUUACGUAAACACUGCACUAAUUUGUAGCUGAAGUUUGAGUUGCUCUGGGAAGGGCGAUGAAAUGCCUUGUCUCCACCACUGUUCUUACUCUCAAGCCUGUCUCAGUAGUGUCUUCAGUGUCCUGGCUAAAGCCAGCCCACAAGCACAAUGUUAAAGAUCAGGAGUUUGUCAAUGUAAAUGAAUUGAUUGUUUUUACGUGAAGGCUUUUAUUCGAAUGUCUCAUAAAAUGAGCAAUUUGUUUGAGAACGCAUAAAUAUUAUUGUUCGUUUUUGUGCAUAAACAAAGUCUCGAUAUAAUGUGCGGAAACCAGCUAUGGUUCCUCCAAGAGCUAAUGGAGACAAGGCAUUUAAUAAUAAUUUCCCCUUUUGUUUCCUAUUAGCCUUUUGAGAUUUUAUUGCCAAGUAAUGGUCUACGCAGAGGUCCCUUUUAAUCAAUACUUGUAGUUGUUUAGCUGCAUCUCUGUGUUCUGUAUGUUUUGGUCAGAACGAUUCACAACACAGCUUUCCUCCAUUUGCACAUACACUUGUGUCACUGAUCCAAAUCACUAUUUUUCGGUGUCUCUUGGUUUGGAGGUUUUCUCUUAGUCACAUAAAUAUACAUUAUUAUAGUGCUUUGCUUUGCGCAGUGGCACGCCAUUGCUGCACAGUGCAAGCCAUUGAAAAUGAUGACUUUCCGAGCACAGUGGUGCUAUUGUCGCAUUCUGAAAGGGCCAUAACGCAGAGCUACAGACUGCCCAGCAAUAUCAGUCACCUCUGUACAUCACAGUGUCCUGCUCCUCUGUGUAGACCAAUACUGAACCCUGAUGGCCUGUUACAAAAAUAAAAAAAAAUGUUCCUCAGUUUAUGUUAAGAGGACACAAAUGUCUUCAACAGGCCACAAGGGUCAACAAGGGUGAUCCCAUUUUAGAUUCGGUCACAUUUCUAAACUUUUCUAGCUUUUUCCUUUUCCUCUCGAUUGUUCCUCUGUGCAUUUGUGAUGCUCUUUUAACUCGCUCCUCUUUAUGAACUUCAGAGUUGUUGUUUUUUUUAGUUUUUUAUUCCUGAGGUCAAGUUUACUGGGUUAAGACUGUUUGUCGAAAAAAAAACAACGAUGAUAGCUCAUAGGCGAUUACUGCGCGCCUGACCCCCGCGAAGCAAAGCGAGACCGAACGCGGGCAUGUCCACACAGUGAGCUUGUCCUUUCACCUCCGGGGGGAGAGUGCUUCACAGCGACUGCGUCACCGUUUCGCCGAUUCGUGUUAGGAUGAGUUAAGCGAGUGCUUCAGUACACUUAAUGACAGGACCAACGGAUACCAAUAAAAUGGGUCUUAGAGAACUCGUGCAUCUUGAAAAAGAGUAUUUUUCUUAAAAACCAGUGCAUUGCUACGUGGCAAUAGUGUUAUGUUCAUGUAGGCCCUUGUUUGCAAAUAUUGCAGCACAUACAAAAAAAGCUAUAGUUGCUUUCUAGAUUUGUCUUUAAAUUCUAAACUUAAGUGCAAGUGUUUUCCCAGUUGUUAUGACAGUAUGCUUUAUGAUAAUCUAAUAAUAAUAAUAAACAGCAUAUAUAUAUAUAUAUAUAUAUAUAUUUUUAUUCAGGUGAUAUAGGCAUAAAUGAGCUUCUAACUUCCUCUCUAAGCAUUUCUUUCAUCAGUCAGUAUAGUUGAAAUCGCGGCACAACAGCUGUUGUAUUUGACGGACUAUUUUGUCAGUGGUUAUAUAAAAUCUUUUGAAUUUUUUUUGCAGCAGCUUGGAAGCAACUGCUGACCAAUGUGUCAUCUUUAUUGGAUCAGUACCUAUUUCAUACUACGUCCCAUUGUCUGACACAGAGGCGGAGAAAUUGAGCUACAUUAUAGUUUUUCUCAGCUGCUUUGGUAGAUUUCAAUUUCAUACUUCAUUUUGGGAAUCUGGAUUAGAUGAACCUCUGUACUGAACUAACGAUAGUUUAGAUAGUUUAGAAAGAUGAUAGUUUGUUGAAUUUAUGAAAUUUAAGAACAACAAAAAGAAAACCGUUGACAUUUAAUUGCCGUUUAUAAAACGCAAAAUUAUGCAGAGCUAGUGCUACCAUUGUUUGUGGCAAAUUAAUGAAAUUAAAAGUAAAGUAGUUCAAACCUGCCUGGCAUAAAUAGCUAUGUGAAUCCAAAAGAUGGACAGAAUCUUUGGCUCAGACGUUGGAUGUGAUGCACAACAUAUUAAAAGACUUUUAUUUAUCGCCUCGAUUUCUAAAAAAAAUAGUUUAAACUUACUAGGAGCCACUGCAGAGGGGCUGAAGAGCCACAUGUGGCUGAAGAGCCGCAGGUUGCAGAACCAGUCCAUCACAGGGCCCCAGUAUAAUACAUUCUGUAAAGUAGUUGAUAAUGUUGGAACAGCAGUACAGAAUUUAUGGCAUAAAGAUGGUUGAGGAUUUAAAUUGUGUUCUGAGAAAUGUGCAAAAGCGGUUGAGAAAAACUUCUUACGUGAGCACUGAGAGUUUGGGAAGAAGCAUAAAGGGCUGGAACCAGAUGACACUCAGCAGAACUCAAAUACGACGCCAUGAUGUCACGACUAUGAAUCGUCGUAUGAUGUCAUCAACGGGAGUUUUCAGUCUUUUCGAGCAGGAUUUAUGUACUUUCUAUUGAAAGUAGGUGUUUACAGCAGUCCCACAAUGCUUUUUCACCCACUUCCUCAAUUUGGGGUCCAGCCAUUCUCUGGGUUUUGACCUAGGCCUGUUCAGACACGAGAGAACGUAACAUUAAGGAUGCGAACAUCCAAACAGUAAACUGAAUGGGUCUUCCACU